ACCUACUCGGCAGAUUUGGUUCAACGAUACAUCAAAAGAUCACAAAUCUUAUCUAAUUGAAAAUUUGAUCCUCAAAAUUAAAAAAAAAUACAUCCUUCGUUUCCAUAAAUAGGAGAAAUCUUAUAAAAACAUUUCUUUUAAUACUAUAAUGUCAAAUAAUGUUCAAACUCAUGUUGAAGAUUCAAAUCUUUCAAAACCAAACUUAAAAGGAGAUUGGAAUAAUAUUUUUCUAUUAAUUUUGCUUUAUACACUUCAAGGUGUAGAGCUUGGUUUUUUAUUAGCCAUGCCAAUUAUUUUACAAAAUCAAAAAAACACAACAUACGAAGAUCAGGCUCUAUUUAGUAUUUCUAAUUGGCCAUUUAGUAUGAAAUUAAUGUGGGCUCCAAUUGUUGACUCAUUAUACAUAAAAAAAUUUGGACGAAGGAAAUCAUGGUUGUUACCAGUUCAAACUUUAUUAGGAACUAUUCUUCUCUUCUCAGCAUACAAUAUUAAUGAUUGGAUAUAUAAAGAUGAUAGAGUUCAUAUACUUAUUUUAUCCGCUACUUUCUUCUUGACUAAUCUUCUUGCGGCUACACAAGAUGUUGCUGUUGAUGGAUGGGCAUUGACGUUGUUAAAAAAAGAAAAUGUUGGUUAUGCGUCAACGUGCAAUUCAAGUGGCCAUUCUAUUGGAGGGUUUUUUGGCUUUGUAUUAACAGUUCUUUUAAAUUCUGAAAGAUUUUGUAACAGCUAUUUACGCUCUACGCCUAUGAAAGGAGGAAUUGUUUCCUUGGACAGUAUACUUUAUUUUUGGGGAUUUGCUUUUAUAAUAGUUACUUCACUUAUUGGCUUAUUGAAAAGAGAAGUUUCAAGUUUGUCAGCCAAAGACGAUACUGCCAGGUUAAAUGUGUAUCAAACCUAUAAAAUGUUAUUUAAUAUUAUUAAGUUACCUGGUAUCAUUACAUUGAUUUUUGCUCUUCUUAUGUUCGAAAUUGGUUUUACUGCAACUGACAAUGUAACAACAUUAAAGCUAUUAGAUGCAGGCCUACCCACUGAAAAUUUGAUGAUGAUUACUUUAGCAUUUUAUCCAGCUAAAAUUUUAAUUCCCGUAAUAGUUUCAAAGUAUACUUCGGGGCCAAAACCAAUGAGUGCAUUAUUAAAUGUAUAUCCUUUUAGACUUUCUAGUGGAAUAUUUUGUGGCUUAUUAGUAUAUGUCACGUCAAAAUUGAUUGGAAAAGAUGAAAAUGGUAUAUACGAAAGAUCGAUAAUAUAUUACGCAUUUUUGAUUGUAACUAUUUUUAUUAAAGAGCUUCUAGCAUAUUACAUAUUUGUAGCUACGAUGGGGUUUUUUGCAAAAAUUAGUGAUCCACGAUUUGGAGGAACAUAUAUGACAAUGUUAAAUACAGUUUCAAAUAUAGGAGCUUCUUGGACAGCCACGGCAUCUUUGUGUAUGGUCGAUUGGCUUACUUUUAAAAGUUGUUCAAGUGAUUCAAAAAAUAAUUGUUCAACGGAAGAUCUUACAAAAACUUAUAUAAUAUUUUCUGGCUUGUAGAACUUCCGGAGGAAAUUGUUCCAUUGAACUUGAUGGUUACUACCUUGAGUUAGUAAUUUGCUUAGUUUUGGGAACUAUGUGGUAUUUAUAUUACAAUAAAAAACUGAGAAAUCUACAAAUUAAAGGUUGUGAUUAUUGGUUGGUAAAUACGGACAAGUUUCAUUCAAACGAAUUAAAUUAAUUCAUUUACUGAACUUUAAAUUUAUAUGCCUUAUUUUUAAAAUGUGUAUUAAAUUUAUGUAAACAAUAAUGUAUUUAAAUAUCAUAAAGUAAAUAAAUCAAUUUUUUUGGCUUUCUA